UGUUCCGCACGCAUCGAAGACGGCCGAGCCGAGUUGUUUCGUUCUCACUCUCUCGCGCGCACCGCUUCGCUCAUUCGGUGAUUGUGCCCGAAACAAUUGCAACCUGCACCUCGCUCUCAUUGUAGUUCUGUCUUCGACCGCGUACGACGCUGAUCGCGUUCGCGUCCUCUCGUACAAAAUUACGCACGUGUACGUUUUUGCUCUUAAUCGCGUGUUGAUUUUUUUUCGCAAAGUAUUAUUAUUUCAUUAAGUUUAUUUUCUUGGUUUAAAUUAAGUAAAAAGAAAUUAAAACUAUUAAUACAUAAUAAGAAAUUUAUUUUGAUUUCGUGUGAAUCAAAGUGAACAUCUUCAGGACUUUUUUUUUUCUUAUUGUGAGAUUAAAAGUGAUGGAAAGGACAAUUUUGGAACAAAUAACGAUACAUCGGUGAUACUCAUUCCAGUUCUUGAAGGAAAAGUAAAGAAAGAUUUUUGGAGUAAAUCAUCCCGAAGAAGGACAAAACUCGUCCUGAAGUUUAAUGAAGACUUUUUAACGUGUCGAUCGGUGAAGAUUUCGCUUCGAGUGGAAGCAGACGUAGAGCCGAGGGGCUCUUCUACGUGAUCGACUAACGGCUUAAAGAUUGGCGUAGAGAUAGCCCCAUCACAGUGCCCAAUGGGGGGCGACACCUCCCCAGAGCAACAAUAUGCUCUGCGAUGGAACGAUUACCCUACUUCUAUGAUUUCCUCGUUCCGACAUCUCAGGGACGAGGAAGACUUCGUGGAUGUCACCUUAGCCUGUGAUGGCUGCUCCUUCACUGCCCACAAGGUCGUUUUAUCAGCCUGUAGCCCCUACUUUAAGCAGCUUCUUAAAGAAAAUCCCUGUCAGCAUCCCAUCAUCAUACUUAGAGAUGUCAAACAAAGGGAUAUGGAUAAUCUAUUACGGUUUAUGUACAACGGUGAAGUACACGUCGGUGAAGACCACUUAGAAGAAUUUAUAAAAGCAUGCCAGAUGCUACAAAUACGCGGUCUGAGCGAACUGGAGAACAAGUACAAGUCCCAACCGGUCGAACAAAGAAGUUCACAGCGCCCUCCACGACCACUAUUAACAUGGGCAAACGAUCGACCGGAAGCAACAAAAGAGUCCGAUUUAACAGUACCUCCAGCAAAACGUGUAAGACGAACGGACACAGAAGAUUUGGAAGAAUCGUCAGAACGGGCCGAUACUCCAAGAGGAAAUAACGGAGACACACAAGAAUCUCUUUUAGGACAAGCGCUAGAAGGAGGACCCACAAUACACACCACGGUAAAAACGGAAGAAGAUGGUAACCAAUCAGAGAAUGAAGAAAGCAAUGAUACGCAAACAAGUGACCAGGAAAGAGAUACAAAGACUGAAAUGGGAGAUUAUUCCGUUAUGGAAGAACAUCCAUUUAGCACAAAUGGAGGUGGUUUGAUAGAUCCCGCCAGGCCGCCCGCAUUUCCUGGAUCACUCCUAAAUCUACAAGGUAUUCCUGGAGUAUUACCCGGACCAUCGUUAUUAGGCAGUCCGGAUACUUUUGGAGCACGUCGAGGUAUGGAUGUAAUGAGAGUUAGGGCAACCGAUCCUAGACCAUGUCCAAAAUGCGGGAAAAUCUACAGAUCAGCUCACACUCUUCGCACACAUCUUGAAGAUAAACACACGGUUUGUCCAGGAUACAGAUGUGUGUUAUGCGGAACUGUAGCGAAGUCAAGAAAUUCUCUUCAUUCCCACAUGUCCAGGCAACACAGAGGAAUAAGCACGAAAGAUCUUCCAGUACUUCCAAUGCCAGCUCCGUUUGAUCCAAAUCUCGCAAGCCAGUUAUUAUUAAAAGCGGGAAUAAAAGUGAGCCCUUCAGAAUUACGCGCCAGAGCUUCACCGACAGGUCCUAGAAGGGCCGACGUAAAAUUAGACGCAAAAAGUGCGUAUUCCACAGCACCUUCGGAAGCUGGGAGUUCAAUUUGUGAUGAUAACGACCCAGAAGAUCUCACGAUGUCCCAUGGGAGGUACAGCAAUGAUUAUGGGUUACCGCAAUCAAUGAAUCAUCUAAAUUCACCGUUGAAAUUGGCAAAAUCGAUGUCUUCUAGCCAAGCAUUAUCGGCAAAAAGUAUAGAUUCUCCUCAUAAUUUAUCUAAAGAACCAUCAUAUCCAGGCUCUUUAGGACCUCUGGUUGGAAAUAACUCAAUGGGAUCAUCACUUUUAGAUACAUACCUUCAAUUUAUGACCGAUAAUGGAUUUGGAAUGUCGGGGAUAUCGCAGGAGCAAGCGAUGGCGGCGUUGCACGCUGCGAAAUUAGCUCAAAUAAACGCGAGUAAAAAUCAUCAGUUUUUAGAGAAGAUGCAACAAUCGUCAAUGGGUGGAGAUAUGUUUAUGAAGAGAAACGAUGAGAUACGAAGAGGAGAAGGUGAUUUAGUUAUUAACGAAGACCAUGAAAGAGAUAUGAAAGAGGAAGCAGAGUCAUCGGGUGAUGAACAGGAUGAGUAUUCAGAUGAAGAGAGGGAAGCCGAAACGGUGAAAGUUGGUGAUUAGUAGAUCUUGUAAUCGGAGAAGAACGGAGUAAGAAUCCAUCCAACUACCUCAACACUUCCGAUAUCCGAUCGAAGUCUCAACCAAUUUAUACGAUAAUAUUCCAUCCGUCUACCUCAUACUAACUAAUUGUACGUUAGUAACCUUUUAAACUUAAAAAAAAUGAAAAUGAAGAUAACAAUAAGGGUGUUACAGUAUACGGUAUAUAAGUCUAUAUUUGUGUGUUUUUAAUAAAUGACUACGUAGAUUUGUACCAUAUAUUACUUAUUAGAGGUUUUUAAUAUGUGCCAGAUGUAUUUAUUACAUUGUAUAUUUUUUGUUGCUCCAGGCGUACGUAAAAAAUUUACGUUUUUUGAUAAUAUGUAACUGUGAUAGAGAUAUUUUUCAAUUUUACUUUAAACACAUAGAUUACUACCAGAGCUUCUUAUUUUAAGGCUUCCAUUUUUGUGGAUUCAACUGCCAUAGACCUAUAUACAAUAAGGAUUUACGUACGUUUGGGGUCAAUAUUAGAGAUACGGGUGACAUUCUGUUAACGAUUAAUCCAUAUUAUUCAGACAUUAAUUUCACGACGUUUAUGACAUUCUAUCCAGGUGAAAAUGGUACAAAGCGUUUUUGCCUUCCUAUGACGAUAUUUUUGUAAGUGAAUUUUUAAAAACGUUUUUCGAGGUAUUUCUUAUUUUUAUAGAUGCUUCCAAAUAUAUUGUUAUGCUUCCGAAUAGUGUUGUAUAAUAAUAAUGAAAGCAAUGUUUCAAAACAAUCAUCACCGGUUAGAAAUACGCGUUUAAAUUUCUCAGGUUAUACCGUUUAUCAAGACAAGUACAAAUUGUUUCGUUUUAUGAUAUUUCAGGGAUUUUUUUCUUUUAAUUUUUUUUAUACAAAUUACUUUGACAAAUCUAUCUUGGCCAGUGAAAGGCAAAUGCGCCAGUUUUAGGUAGAUAUAAUCUCAGCCAUAAGCAACCUCAGCUUAAUUAGUGAAAAAAUCUACAACUUCUGAUAUUUGAUUUACCAAGAUAGAUUUGCCAAGUUGUAUACAGAUUUCAUCACAAACUACAAUUAGUCGUAGACAGAACCAGUGAUAUUGGAUUCAGGUAUUUGUAACAAUAUUCAGGAAAUAGUGUUAAGUUUCAUUUUUGAUUUAACAUUUCAUAGUAAUAACUGAUACAUAAUCUUCCAAGUUUUUGCGGAACCGUUUAUUUUUAGUCUAUUCCAUCGGCGUAAUAAGUUAAUCAUUUAUGUGUAAUUCAGUGAGAUGGGAUAGAUUCAUUUAUAAAUAAAAUAGCUUAUUUGUUAAGAACGGGUAGACUUCGUUCUUCCAUUAUGAUUGGUUAAAAAGAGAUUGCUUCAUAUACAUGUAUUGUAUUUCAAGCUCUCUAGCUUUUAAGAGAUAACUAAAUAAAGAGUAUUGUCGAAACGGAAAAAAGAGAGAAUGUAAAAAGCUUUAUAGUUGCACAGGUAUAUAGAAGAAUCCUGUUAUAAACGGGAAAGAAAAAUAGCGGUUAUUGUUAAAUAUUGAGUAAGAAUAGGGUAAAACGUUGUUAAUUAAGAAAUGAAGUAUACUAUUUCAAAGAAAUAUGAUAAGCACCAAACAUUUGUGUAAUUUGUUUUCGAUUAAACCUAAUUUAUUACCUUGUAUAAAUAGUAAAAAAAGAAAUACAAUAAAUAGUAGAUAUUAAAUCUAAUGCAUACAUGUUGCAUUAACAUAAAGGAACGUUAAAUUAAGUAGAAAAAGCUAUUUGGUAUUAAAUGUAUUUGGUGUCUGAAAACCCUUAGGACAAGAUAAAUUUAAAAAUUACAUUAAAAAGUUAUUAUUAUUGUGUACAUAGCUCCUCGAUAUUGUUUCUUCAUUUAAAGUGAUUUUUGAAAAAUUUGAUAUACAGUUUUAUAAUGUACAUAAGUUUUGUUUUACGUUUUUGAUAUAUUUAGUUACGAUAGGAUUAAAUAUGAAGUUUUCUCGCGACGUUACGUUGCCAUAAAUAAAAGAUGAACUACCUCAUCUUUCAUCUGACCUCCAUAAUUAUAUUCCCGCUUCAAACCGCAGGGAUCUCCGUUUUUUAUUAUUAUUUGUUGUAAAUGUUAUUCGUCUUUUUUAUGUUUAAAAGUCUAAGUCUUUUUUUAAGAUUAAGUUGUAUAGUUUAUUUUUCUUUCACACAAUUAACUAUAAUAGGUAAACAUGGUCUGCUUAAUACAUGAACGCCAUACGAACGUCACAUUUAGAACUCUACAGCAUUUGUUGUACUAUAACAACCAAUAAAUGGUUCCUAAUUUUUCGUAACAGCCUCUCAACAAUUCAUUUUUGGAUUCAACUUAAACACUUUUUCGUUUAUGUAAAGUUUAGUUUGUGGAGAGGCUGGGUGCCUUCAGAAAAUAAUAAUAAUAACAGCCUUUUCGUCAGAUACCCUGCCGAAAAGACGCUGGAUCAGAGUUCCUAACCUUCUUAAAGAGAGUAUAAUAAAUACUUAAAUGAAAUAUGUACGCGGAAAUUAUGAAAAUAAAAAAAAUAAAAAUAAAUAAAAGUGCAACUUUUAUAUAGGGUGUAGAGAACCGUUGGGUACACCGAAAUAUAGUUUUGCUAAGCGGCAGAAACUUAUAUACAUAUAAUAUUAUUAUAUAUAAAUGCGUGUAUGUGUAAAGAAAAAAAAGAAACCAUAACGUAUAUAUGAUCAAUACUAAGGUAUACCUAAACCAAAUCCGUAGGGAUGCAUUUUUUGUUCACCCCUCUUAGUGUUAUAAGCAUUAUGCCAAGGGGUAAUUUAGCCUGUUAGCCCCUCAUCUAAACGAGAAUUUAUUUGAUUUGUUAGUAGAGUUUUUUGAAAUGAUGUGAAUUGUUCCUCAGUUACUCGUUAGGAGAUUACACACGAUGUACUUUAAUUUUUAUUCUUUCUCUUCUUUUAUUUGUUAUUCCCUUCUCCUUUAGUUAGUUAUUAGGUGCAAUAAAGUUUUGCCAUAUUAUUAUUACCAUUAUACGAUCGUGUACUGCUUGGGUAUCAUUUUAAACUAGAUAACUUAAUAAAUUACUAGAAAGAAA